CUCGUGCAAUGGCCCGCGUGGCGAACGCGGCACUCGACAGGGCAAGAAGAAACGCAAGAGAAGCUCCUCUGCGUCGGCUUGUCCUUGACCUUUCCGAGGAACAGCAACAACAACCUUUCGUAGGGGGCGACAUGCUUCGAGUCUCGCUUCUGACGCUCGCUACGUACCUGUCGGCGGCCAUGCUGUUGCCUGCCGCCAUGCUCCUGCUGGCCCUGCAGCGCAGCCACUGCUGCCGGAAGCUGUUCGCCACCUGGGUCUUCUACCCGCUGCUGCACCCGCUCAUCAAGCACGCGUUCGAGGGCAUUCGGCGCGAGAUCAUGUUCGAGCUGAACGACCUCGUCUCGCACGACCCCGAGCUGCGGCGCGAGGACGCCAUCCGCGUGCUUGAAGUGGGCGUCGGACCGGGACGAAACUUCGACCACAUCUUCAGGAACGUCAGGUACGUGGCAGUGGACCGGACCUCCACGGCCCGGUCAAAGUUCCUGCGGCGCCAGAGCCAGUACGAACACAUUCACCUUGAGCAGUGGUUGCUGACCAGCGGCGAGGACCUGGCCCAAGUACCGGACAACCACGUGGACGCGGUCAUCGCCACGCACGUGCUCUGCAGCGUCACCGACGCCCGCAAGCUGGUCAGCGAGUGCCGAAGGGUCCUUGCUCCCGGCGGCAAGAUGCUGUUCAUGGAGCACGUGGCCUGCCCCCGGGACUCGUGGAUCUACCAGCUGCAGCUGUUCCUGGACCCACUGUGGCAGUUGCUCACGUGCGGCUGCCACCUGGGUCGCGAUGCGAGCGCCGCGAUAGUCGAGGCCGGCUUCCGCGAGGUGUCCCUCAAGGAGGUCUACCUGCCCAUUCUGGCGCUGAUUAGCCGGCACGUCUACGGGGUGGCCACCAAGGCGGGCGCGCACGGCUCCGUGCACCGAUCGGCGCGGCGCACGCCGCCGCCUCUGCGCGUCGAACCCGCCGUCGCCCAGCCGAUGCCGCAGCCGGCUGUGCUCGAGGAGCUGCCCCCCGCAGGCCUGGACCCGGAGGCCGGGCCGCUGGCUACCGCAGUCCCGUCGACAGCGUAGCGUCGCCGCGCGUGCUACGUCAUUUAGUAACGGUGUACAUUAGUAAAACUCAUGUUUGUCC